AUGGAGACUGCGCCCUCGAGCGUCUUCAGCAGCGUCUUCGGCCGGCGCAAGAGCAAGGUCGCCCGCUCCAACACCAAGGCCCCGUCGCCCAUUGUCCUGCCGCCCGCCGCCAUCGCAGAGCACGUCGACCCCGACCCCGACCCCGACGCAGACCCAGCCGUGGACGCAGACGGACCCCGCACGCCGUCGACGCCGCCGCUGCAAACCGCCCUGCCCGACUCCCAGCGCGCCCCGACCGCCCAAGACAGCGCCGCCGCCGCCAGCCAACACGGCCAACACGGCCAACACGGCCAACACGGCCAACACGGCCAACACAGCCACCCCGACCGCCACGGCCACCCCGACCACCCCGACCACCCCGACCGCCCCGCCAGCCAGCCCGACACCGCGCCGCCGCAGAAGCGCGCCCACACGGCGCGGCACAGCAUUGCCAGCAGCGUCGGCGAGCUGCGCCGCAGCCGCAGCACCAGCCUGCGCAGCGCCACGGGCAGCCACAGGAGGCACGCCUCGACCGCCUCCACCAUGCACUCGGUCUCGCUGUCGCCCGAAAAGGUGCCCGCGUCUGCGCCCCUGUCCGCCUCGCGCCCGACCCUGUCCAUGGCCACCUUUGCCCGCAACAAGCCCAAGCCCGCCGACCCCGUCAAGCCCGACCCGGCACAGCCCGACCGGCCCAAGACGCCCUUUGCCAUGUCCGGCCCCCUGCGCCAUCCGCCCGCCAAGGACAACCACCACCCCCGCGACCAGCGCCAGCCGAGCACCGCCGGCCUCGCGCCCGCGGCCCCAAUCCCCGCGCCGCCCGGCGCCAACCCCAACCUCAUCUUCCAGCACAUCCACGAGCUGGCCUCGAAGCGCAUCUCGACCCUGGACUAUCUGCGCAAGGCCCACGAGGGCCGCAUAUACUGGUUCAACACGCUGCUCUUCGCCCAGUCCGACCUCGCCCGUCUGCCCAGCUUCACGCCGCGUGCCCAGUCUCGCCGCGCAACCCAGUACCUGCUCCUCGGCUUCAGUCUGCCGACCAUUCUCGACCUGCACGCCGCCAGCCCCGCCGACUAUCUGCGCGCCCUCAACGCCCUGCUGGUCGAGUUUGAGCAGUACCAGUCCCUGCACCCGACCGACGGCUCCGCGCCGAGCCUGUCGCGCGCCCGCAUCCCGCACAUGUUCAAGCGCGCGAACCUCGGCGGCAAGGCGCGGCGCUCGUCGUCGGCCACGGGCGACUUCCCGCUGCUCACCCCGCAGUCGUCGUUUGCCAGCGACUCCAGCGCCCCGGGCAUCCUCGACCCGCCCCCCGCCGCGGACGACCUGCACGCCGGCGAGAGCUACACGUACCUGCAGACGCCGUCGCUGCCCUUUGAGCCCGACUUCUUCUCCACGUUUGCCUCGCUGUGCGACGUCCUGAUUGACUGCUACACCCGCGUGCUCGCCAUGCUGGCCACGCCCGAGAGCGUCGCCCUUGCGGGGCAGGGCCUGCCCAGCACCGUCGGCGACCUGUUUGGCAAGGCCGAUGCCCGUGUGCGCAAGAUUAUCCUCGCUGGCGUCGUGAGGGAGUUUGAGGAGAGCUGUCGUAUGGGCGUGAGGACUGAGCUUGGCGGCGUCGGCAAGGUGGUGCUGGGCGGGUUGAUGUGA